GGGCCGGGCUGGGGGAGUUCAGCAGUGAAGCGGCUCUGGUAGCGCUACCCGGACCCACGGGGUUCGCCGUGCCGGCUGCGCUCCGGGGCGGGUACCCGUGAGGAGCCCGGUGCAUCCUUGGGGCGGAGAGGGUGGAGUAGGCGGAGAAGAAGGAGGGGAACCUGCUUCUCCGGAGGGACGGGGCAGCCGCGCUGCAGUGAGCCGGCCCAGCGGAGCGGGCUGCGGGCACAUGCCGGGCUUGGAGCAUCGGAGCCGCGGGUUUUCUGCGGGUGUUCCAGCCCAUCUCCCGUCUCUGCCCCCGAGAGAGCGUCGGUCGGGCUCCUGCAGGGAGAAGGGCUCAUCUACGGCUCACCUCCCAGAGCGCGUUAAUCUGAGAGCAAGUAAACCGGGCAGAUUACAUAUGCUGUUUGGAUUUCAGCUCUGCGUGCGGAGAAGAUAUGAUGAAUCUAUAGUGCUGAAAAGGAUUCACUAGUGAAAGCAGAUGGAGCCAGUCCACAUCAUGGGGGAUGUGAAACUGGUGACAUCUACUCGAGUCUCCAAAACCUCCCUGACACUCAGCCCCCCUGUCCCUGCCGAAGCACCAGCAUUUACUCUUCCUCCUCGGAACAUCCGCGUGCAGCUGGGAACCACCGCAAGGUUUGAGGGAAAGGUCAGAGGCUACCCAGAGCCUCAGAUCACAUGGUACAGAAAUGGGCACCCUGUCCCGGAGGGGGACCAUUAUGUCAUGGACCGCAGCAUUCGGGGGAUAUUCAGCUUGGUAAUCAAAGAUGUACAGGAAGGUGACAGUGGUAAAUAUACCUGUGAGGCUGCAAAUGACGGUGGGAUUCGUCAAGUGACUGUGGAGCUGACAGUGGAAGGAAACUCCUUGAAGAAAUAUAGCCUGCCAUCCAGUGCCAAAACCCCUGGGGGAAGACUCACUGUUCCAUCUGUGGAGCACAGGCCAAGCAUCUGGGGAGAGAGUCCACCCAAGUUUGCUACAAAACCCAAUAGAGUUGUUGUGCGUGAAGGCCAAACAGGCAAAUUCUCAUGUAAAAUAACAGGACGACCUCAGCCUCAAGUAACUUGGUUUAAGGGUGAUAUUCCGUUGCAGCAAAAUGAGCGUUUCAACAUGUUUGAGAAAACAGGCAUCCAGUUCCUGGAAAUCCAAAAUGCUCAGCUCGCUGACUCAGGAGUUUACACGUGCACAGUGGUAAAUAGAGCUGGGAAGGCAUCUGUGUCUGCAGAGCUCACCGUUCAAGGUCCAGAUAAGACUGACACGUAUGCUCAGCCACCAUGCAUGCCACCAAAACCAACAACACUUGCUGUUAAAGCUAUUGAAAGUUCAGAAUUCAAACAAGCAACUAGCAAUGGGAUUGCUAAAGAGCUGAAAUCCAGCAGCACGGAACUCAUGGUUGAAACCAAAGACAGGGCAUCAGUAAGGAAAGAGACCUUGUACAUCACCAGAGAAGCCAAAGACAGUAAGCAGGGACAGCACCAAGAAGCCAUUGCAGUGUCUCCUCCAGAACCUAAAGAAGGAAAAAAGGGAUCUCAGGUCUUGCAGAAAACUUCAAGCACCAUCACACUACAAGCUGUGAAACUGCAGCCAGAACCAAAGGCAGAACCCCAGGCCACUUUCAUCAGACAGAGUGAAGACAGGAGAAGGGCUGUGCAGCCCCUGGUGUCAGCUCAACAAACCUUGUCUCUGACAGGGCAACUCAGUCAAAGGAGUAGAGAAGGAGAAAACAGAUCUGGAGCCCGGAAAACUGUAAUGGAGGAGAAGAGGGAGCCUCUGGGAAUUCCACCUCAGUUUGAGAGCUGUCCACAGAGCCUGGAAGCAUCAGAAGGCCAGGAGAUUAAAUUCAAGAGCAAAGUUUCAGGGAAACCAAAACCAGAUGUGGAGUGGUUCAAAGAGGGUGAGCCUAUUAAAGCUGGAGAAGAUGUCCAGAUAUAUGAAGAAGAUGGAAUUCAUUGCCUAUGGUUAAAGAAAGCCUGCUUGGGGGACAGUGGAUCUUACAGCUGUGCAGCUUUCAAUCCCAAAGGCCAGACUUCCACCAGCUGGUUGUUAACUGUCAGAAGGCCUAAAGUUCAAGAGGUUGCUCCAUGCUUUUCCAGUGUCUUGAAAGGAUGCACUGUGAGUGAAGGGGAAGACUUCGUGCUGCAGUGCUGUGUCAGAGGGGUACCUGUACCUCAGAUCACUUGGCUUCUCAAUGACCAGCCAAUUCAGUAUGCCGAUUCCACUUUUGAAGAUGGAAUUGCAAAAUUGACUGUCCAAGAUGCCCUACCAGAAGAUGAUGGCUUUUACACCUGUCUGGCUGAAAACAACAUAGGACAAGCAUCUUGCAGUGCUCAGGUCACAGUCAAAGAAAAGAAGAGCAGCAAGAAGGCAGAAAGUACACAGGCUGCCCAGUUAAAUAAGACUUUUGCACCCAUCUUCCUUAAAGGGCUGACUGACCUCAAAGUAAUGGAUGGAAGUCAAGUGAUAAUGACUGUGGAGGUAUCAGCUAACCCACCUCCUGAAAUUAUCUGGCUGCAUAAUGGGAAAGAAAUCCAGGAGACAGAAGAUUUCCACUUUGAGAAGAAAGGCAAUGAGUACAGUUUGUACAUCCAGGAAGUAUUUCCUGAAGACACAGGCAAAUACACCUGUGAAGCCUGGAAUGAAUUAGGAGAAACUCAAACCCAGGCUACAUUGACAGUACAAGAACCUCAGGAUGGUAUUCAGCCCUGGUUCAUUAGCAAACCAAGAUCAGUGACAGCAGCUCCUGGGCAAAAUGUCCUUAUAUCCUGUGCCAUUGCUGGAGAUCCUUUCCCCACUGUUCACUGGUUUAAAGAUGGGCAAGAAAUAAUGCCAGGAAUGACAUGUGAAAUCCUGCAAAAUGAAGACAUCUUCACACUGAUCUUGAGGAAUGUGCAGUCCCAUCAUGCAGGGCAAUAUGAAAUUCAGCUCAGGAACCAAGUUGGAGAAUGCAGCUGCCAGGUGUCUCUGAUGCUGCGGGAGAGUUCAGCUUCCAGAGCAGAAAUGCUCAGAGAUGGGAGGGAAUCAGCCAGCUCUGGAGAGCAAAGAGAUGGUGGAGAUCAUGGUAAACUAACAUUUGAUAGAACAAGUGGCUUCAAAAAGAACAACAGUGAAACAAGAGCAGCUGAGGAAGAGCAGGAAGACGUCCGAGGUGUGCUGAAGAGGCGAGUGGAAACUCGGGAACACACAGAGGAGAGCCUGAGGCAGCAGGAAGCUGAGCAACUUGAUUUCCGUGAUAUUUUAGGCAAGAAAGUCAGCACCAAAAGUUUUUCUGAGGAGGAACUGAAAGAAAUCCCAGCCGAGCAAAUGGACUUCCGAGCAAACCUGCAGCGGCAGGUCAAACCCAAGACCUUGUCAGAGGAGGAAAGGAAAGUUCAUGCUCCUCAGCAGGUGGACUUCCGCUCUGUGCUGGCCAAGAAAGGCACCCCAAAAACCCCAUUGCCAGAGAAGGCACCACCUCCUAAACCAGCAAUUACAGAUUUCAGAUCUGUGCUGGGCUCAAAGAAAAAGCCACCUGCAGAGAAUGGCAGUGCUAGCACCCCAGCAGCAAAUGCCCGCACCAGUUCUGAAGCCCAGAAUGCAACCCCCAAUUCUCAAGCCCCUGUUGCCAAACCAGCACUGAAAAAAGAAGAGAAGAAUGACAGAAACCGUGAACAUGGGUGUCCAGUGGUGGAUGGUGGAAUAAUUGGGAAAAAAGUUGAAAACAAAGCAGCAACAAGCAAUCCACCGGCAAGUAAACCACCAGUAAGCAAUGCACCAGCAAGCAAUCUACCAGCAAGCAAACCACCAGUAAGCAAUCCACCAGAAAGCAAACCACCAGCAAGUAAACCACCAGUAAGCAAUCUACCAGCAAGCAAACCACCAGUAAGCAAUCCACCAGAAAGCAAACCACCAGUAAGCAAUCCACCAGAAAGCAAACCACCAGCAAGUAAACCACCAGUAAGCAAUCCACCAGCAAGUAAACCACCAGUAAGCAAAGGAACAGCACCUUCCUUUACAGAGAAGCUCCAGGAUGCUCAAGUAGUAGAUGGUGAAAAAUUGGUCUUACAAUGUCGGAUUUCCUCUGAUCCCCCUGCAGCUGUCACCUGGACUCUAGACAGCAAACCCAUCAAAUCAUCAAAGUCCACUGUCAUCUCCCAAGAAGGGACACUGUGCUCACUUACCAUUGAGAAGGCUGUGCCUGAAGAUGGGGGUGAAUACAAAUGCAUAGCUGAGAAUGCAGCAGGAAAAGCUGAAUGUGCUUGCAAAGUGUCAGUAGAAGAUGCCUCCGCAAAGACCUCAAAGUCUGCUGAGAAGAAAACCAAGAAGCCUAAGACCACACUUCCCCCUGUGCUGCCAACAGAGAGUGAAGCAACAGUGAAGAAGAAACCAGCUCCAAAGACUCCUCCAAAAGCAGCUGUUCCUCCUCAGAUUACUCAGUUCCCAGAAGACAGAAAAGUCCGUGCGGGUGAAUCAGUGGAACUGUUUGCCAAGGUGGUAGGAACAACACCCAUAACUUGCACCUGGAUGAAAUUCCGUAAGCAGAUUGAAGAAAAUGAAUACAUUAAAAUUGAGAAUGCUGAAAACAGCAGCAAGCUAACAAUAACAUCAACAAAGCAGGAACACUGUGGAUGUUACACCCUAGUUGUAGAGAACAAACUUGGCAGCAGACAAGCACAAGUCAACCUUACAGUUGUUGAUAAACCAGACCCACCUGCAGGAACGCCUUGUGCAUCAGACGUACGGAGCUCCUCCCUCACUCUCUCAUGGUAUGGUUCCUCUUAUGAUGGUGGAAGUGCGGUGCAGUCUUACACUGUGGAGAUCUGGAACUCCGUGGACAACAAAUGGACAGACCUCACGACCUGCCGCAGCACCUCUUUCAACGUGCAGGACCUGCAGGCUGACCGGGAGUACAAAUUCCGUGUGCGAGCUGCUAACGUGUACGGCAUCAGCGAGCCCAGCCAAGAAUCUGAGCUGGUAAAAGUUGGAGAGAAACAAGAAGAAGAACUUAAAGAGGAUGAAGCGGAGCUGUCCGAUGAUGAAGGGAAAGAAACAGAGGUUGAGUACCGGACGGUUACUAUCAACACUGAACAAAAAGUUUCAGAUGUCUAUAAUAUCGAAGAAAGACUGGGAUCGGGAAAAUUUGGACAAGUCUUUAGGCUUGUUGAAAAGAAGACUGGAAAAGUUUGGGCAGGAAAAUUUUUCAAAGCAUAUUCUGCUAAGGAAAAAGAAAACAUAAGGGAUGAAAUCAGCAUCAUGAACUGUCUACAUCAUCCAAAACUUGUCCAAUGCGUAGAUGCCUUUGAAGAAAAAGCCAACAUCGUUAUGGUCUUGGAAAUGGUUUCUGGAGGAGAACUCUUUGAACGAAUCAUUGAUGAAGACUUUGAACUGACAGAGAGAGAGUGCAUUAAAUAUAUGAAGCAGAUUUCAGAAGGAGUUCAGUACAUCCAUAAGCAGGGUAUUGUCCACUUGGAUUUGAAGCCAGAAAAUAUUAUGUGUGUCAACAAGACCGGUACAAGCAUCAAACUCAUUGACUUUGGACUUGCAAGAAGAUUAGAAAAUGCAGGUUCUCUGAAAGUUCUCUUUGGGACACCUGAGUUUGUGGCUCCAGAAGUUAUAAACUAUGAACCUAUUGGAUAUGAAACAGAUAUGUGGAGUAUAGGAGUUAUCUGCUACAUUUUGGUCAGUGGACUUUCUCCUUUCAUGGGAGACAACGACAAUGAAACCCUCGCCAACGUUACCUCAGCAACCUGGGACUUCGAUGAUGAGGCUUUUGAUGAAAUAUCUGAUGAUGCCAAGGACUUUAUCAGCAAUCUACUUAAGAAAGAUAUGAAGAGUCGCUUAAAUUGUACUCAGUGUCUUCAGCAUCCUUGGCUGCAGAAAGAUACCAAAAACAUGGAAGCAAAAAAACUUUCCAAAGAUAGGAUGAAGAAAUAUAUGGCCAGAAGAAAAUGGCAGAAAACAGGCCAUGCUGUGAGAGCAAUAGGAAGACUGUCGUCCAUGGCGAUGAUUUCUGGUAUGAGCGGGAGGAAGGCCUCCGGGAGCUCGCCCACCAGCCCUAUAAAUGCAGACAAAGUAGAGAACGAAGAUGCUUUUCUUGAAGAAGUGGCUGAAGAAAAGCCUCAUGUAAAGCCAUAUUUUACUAAAACAAUCCUUGACUUGGAGGUUGUGGAAGGAAGUGCUGCUAGAUUUGACUGCAAAAUUGAAGGCUAUCCUGACCCUGAGGUAAUGUGGUACAAAGAUGAUCAGCCUGUCAAGGAGUCCCGUCACUUCCAGAUAGAUUAUGAUGAGGAAGGGAACUGUUCUUUGACAAUUUCUGAAGUGUGUGGGGACGAUGAUGCCAAAUACACCUGCAAAGCUGUUAACAGCCUUGGGGAAGCCACGUGCACCGCAGAACUCCUUGUGGAAACAAUGGCAGAAGGAGAAGGAGAAGGAGAAGAUGAAGAUGAGGAGGAGGAGGAAGAAUGAAACAAGGCUCAAACAAAAAAAAAAAAAAAAAGAAAAAAUAUAUUUAAAGACUUUCCCUUAUAAGGCUCAGAAAACCAAGUUAUCAAAAGCACCUUGUGUGAUACAUAGGUAUUUGGGGGUUGUUUUUUCAGCAUGAUCAGUUGAUACCUGUUUGCUUUAUGUAUGGGCAUUAAUUCAAAUCAGCAGGCAAUUUUAAGUUGCUAGCAUGAUUUGAUUUACUUUAAGCAAGUCAUCAACUAAGUUGCCCAGUAUAUUUUGAAAAUUAAAUGUAUGGAAAACAAGUCUACAGUUAUUCUGAAAGAAAAAGUCUAUUUACUGAGCUCAUUGCUCUAUACUAUUACUUUCCUCAGCCAAAACUGCACCUAAGUUGACUCCCCAAGGUCUUCUUUACAAGGAAUCAUCUGACACAGCCAGAAUUGAAAUUUGUAUGUUGGUAUGGUUCAUUUUUCAUUUGUUUUAAACAGAAUUCCACAGCCCUAACUUCAAACACAGUUCCUGCCCUUUCUCAGUGCACUGUCCGUGCCAUUGCAAUACUGGCUCAUGUUGCACAUCCAGGUGGUUUCCUGAGAAACUCCUGAUCUUGCUUUUAACCAGCUGAUCACACCCUUUCACCUCUCCCUGUCACUCAGUGCAGUCACAGCUGACUACUUAAGAAACAGACUGAAAACACAAAGGCUGACCAUAUUUUCUGUUUUUCUGGUCAGUCUAAUGAUGAUUUAUGAUUCAUAUAUACGCUGCUGGAAAAAAACAGGCUAUUGCACAAUCAGGAACUUCUAUGUUCAUGUGUGUAAAUGGAAUCCCAGGUUAGCUAAAGUUUUACUUGUAUUUAUUUGGCAACUGCAAAACAGAUUUCAACUGAUAAGCUGGAAACUCCCACAGAUUUUUGGAGCAGUCAAGAAGAUAGUAGCCUGGACUACAAACUCCUCUAUACCUAGCAGUUUCCAAAGAAUUUUAACCUAUAUAGGACCUGUUUCUACCUUAUGAGCUUGACUGUCUUGUUUUUGUCUUAAACCUGCACCAAUAAGGCUGCUGAGUUUUUUAAAACUGCAGAAAAGCAAAACAAAACAAAAAAAUCCAAGCCCUGGGUUUGUUUUUGGUUUUGUUUGUUUUUGUUUUUGGUUUUUUUCUCAGAAAUGGUUAAUGCACUCAGAUUUAGUAACUUUGCUUUCCUUUCACAGUAUUGGCACCUUUUUUUUUGCUGUUGUUCAGAGGUAAUAUCAGAGGCUGCAAGGUGAUUUGCAUCAUCUAAAACCAGUGUGUCUUAUAUCUGUGUAUCAUUCCAAAAGUGAUUCUUUUUCUUUUCCACUUUUUGUGCAUAAAGUGCAACCAUUUGCAUUUCAAAGGUUACCUCUUUUAAAGAAGAAAAGAUUACCUUAAAUCCUCACCACUAAGUAGCUAGUGUACUUUAAUACCGGUGUGUACCAUAUCGACCUUAGGUUGUUUGAUAUUACCUAGUUGUGUAUGUGUUCCAUAUGAUUUGCUCUUCUACAUUGAAAGCCCAGCUAAUGUGGACAACACAAUGGGUUUUAACUGCUUUACUCUUUGCUGCUAAGUUCAGAUUGCCAGCAUGUCUUUUCAAUUGAUAAAAACCUCUUGUUAUACUAAACACAGUAUUGCCACAGUUCCUUAUACAGAAAGGUUUUGAAUCUGAUUUACAGCAUACAAAGCUUUUCUCACGUUUUGUUUUGUUUUUUUUUUUUUUUUUAAUGUUUUAGGCAACAACGGGGUGUAUUUUGUACCUUAAUAAAAAUAUGCUAAUAUUCUCCCAGUUUGUUAAACCAUCAGAAUUGCAAAGAUGAGAACGCUACGGCUGUAGUUACUCACAGUUCCUAAAUAAAUAAUACCACAAAGCA